AUGCCCCUGCUCUCAGCUUUUCGCGUGGUGCGCGACUAUUCGCGCGACCAAAGUAAUGCAUAUCUUGCCAACACCGAUAAGUUUUUCUGGCGUAUGGGAGAUGUCAUCACGAGAACUUGGGACCUCGGGUUUACGGCGUUUGGCGGUCCUCCGGUCCACUUUCAAAUUGAACACCGUCGAUUUGUGCAAGGAACACAUGGCCGAAUCCCGUGGAUUGACGAGCAAGUGUAUCAAGAAUUGUUCGCGAUCUGUCAAGCCUUACCUGGUCCUGGAAGCACUAAGAUGUUAUUCUGUAUUAUCCUGAUACAUGCAGGCAUACUCCCAGCACUGCUUACAUUCCUAAUUUGGAGCCUGCCUGGAGCAAUCGGCAUGUUUUGUCUGUCUUUGGGAGUUCGUCAAAUCAACGAGGUUCUCCCUGCCAUUGCAUACGCCUUCCUUACUGGCUUGAAUGCGUCAACAGUAGGCAUUGUAGCGCUUGCCGCCGUCCAGCUCGCGGAGAAAGCUAUCAAGGACCCGAUUACCCGUAUUCUGGUGAUCUUUGGCGCUUGCGCAGGUCUAUGUUAUACGGCUUUAUGGUACUUCCCAGUUCUUAUUAUCUCUGGCGGAACUGCCACUGUCGUUUGGGAUUUAUGGCUUCAGCAACAAAUUGGAAAAAUCAUGGCUAAACGGGCGGCCAGGAAGCGUGGGCGAUCUCAGCCACCAGAACCACCCGAGCCUGCGUCUGUCGAAGCGAACGAGCCAGCCAUUCUUCCUGAAAGAAGCACUACGCCGAGUGAGCAAGGUACCGGUGUUCAACGGAGACACGCAGCCCAGACAAGUUUCCACGCCAAACCAGACCCGAAGACCGAGGGACCACAAGGGACUGAGGAAGCUAACCGUACAGAUGUGAAGUCCUAUGCCAUACCAGUGACGAUUGGCUUGACUAUCAUUGCCACAUUUUUUGCCUCGUUCAUCGUUGUCCUAGUCGCUCGAGGAGUCCUUGACGAUCCGCCGAGACCGCUUGAUCUCUUUGCCAACAUGUAUCUUGCUGGUACCAUCAUCUUCGGCGGUGGUCCUGUUGUGAUCCCGUUGUUGCGCGAAUACGUCGUCCAGCCAGGCUGGGUCUCGACGCGGGACUUCUUGAUCGGUCUUGCCAUCAUCCAAGCGUUCCCUGGCCCGAACUUCAAUUUCGCCGUCUAUCUUGGAGCCCUUGCCCUUCUGGGCACUCCCCAUUCCACCGUGCUGGGUGCGUUCAUUGGCUUCAUGGGUAUCUUCACCCCGGGAAUCACGCUGGCUGUGGGCUUCCAGAGCCUAUGGGGCACCUUGAGGCACAAAUUAAUUGUGAUCAGUCUAUUACGCGGGAUCAAUGCCACUGCUGUUGGACUCGUGUUUACCGCUGUCUACAGGCUAUGGCAGAUUGGCUUUUUGACCCAAGAGAGCUCGAGCGGACAGAGUUUAGGUCAAGACGCUUGGUGGGUGGUGGUCACCACUCUCACAUAUGCUGGGAAUGCGUGGUUUAAAGUACCCGCUCCUGUGGCUAUCGUGGUUGGAGGACUGUUGGGUCUUUGCUGGUACGGUGCUGUUGGGCGAUGA